UUUUUUUUAAAAAAAAAAAGAAGAGGAAAUUCAAUUGUGAUGACUAAUAAAAGAAAACGAUUUAAACCAAUAUGGUCAACAUGUUUUUGUAUGAAUACUCAUUUUGGUUUAUUUAAAGAAACUAAUAAAAAAUUAGCUUAUUUCAUUGAAAAAGGUAAUCUAUCAGAAAUUGAAUAUAUUUUAAAACAAAUAAAACAACCAUUAAAUAAUUUUACAUUAAUAGUAAAACGAAAUCAAUUUAAUACAUUUUAUCCAUAUUUAAUAAAUUAUCAAAAAAAUGAAUUAAUUAAUUUUUAUCAAGAAUGUUCACCAGUUCUAUGGGCUAUAGAUUGUUUACAAUGGAAUGUUAUACCAUUAUUAUCAUAUUAUGGUUUUAAUAUAAAUUGUCCACAAAUAUGUCGUCGUUGGACAUGUAUAUAUAAAUUAAAAUCAAAAUCAAAUAAUAUAUUACCAUAUCGUAAAUUUUGGACAAAAGGUCAUUAUACAUAUCAAUCAGCAUUAGAUUAUUAUUUUGCUAAUAUUUAUGAAUUAAUUAAUGAAAAUAUAUUAAAUUAUAAUAAUAAUAUAAAUUUAUUAACAUUUUAUUAUUCACAUUUAUCUAAUUUAUUAACAAAAGGUAUUGAUGUACAUCGUAUUGAUUCAAUCAUUAUAUUUAAUUUAUUAGCUAUUAGUUUUAAUCAAUAUUUAUAUCAAUAUAUUACUAUGAAUCAUAAUUUAAUAAUAUUAAAAAAUAAUCAAUCAUUUAUUGAAUUAUUAAUUAUUAAAAAAUUAAUAAAAAAUGGUUAUUCACAAUUUGAAUGUAUGGAUUAUUUAUAUUCAUAUUGUAAUUGGUUUUGUAUAUUAUUAUGUUUAUUAUGUUAUCCUAAUAUUGAUUUAUAUCAUAAUAAUAAUAAUAAUAAUAAUAAUAUACCUAAAAUGAUAAAACAAUCUACAUUAUUAUUAAUUAAUUUACUUGUAUUAAAAUGUACUUUACCAACUAUGGAAGAUUUUAAUGAAUUUAUUGAAAAUUUACCAUUAUAUAAAAUAUAUAUAAAAGAUUAUAAUAAUAAAUAUAAUGAAUUUAAUAAACAUUUAAUACAAUUAUAUCAAUUAUGUAAUGAAUUUAUAAAAAAACCAUUAAGUUUAAAAUUAUUAACAAGAAAUAAAAUAAGAAAAUCUAUUGGUGGUAUUAAUUUUGAACAAAAAAUCAAUAAUAUUAAUUUACCAAAACAAUUAAUUACAUUUAUACAAUAUAUUAAUUAUGAACAAUUAAUUAAUAAUAAUAUACCUAUAGAAUUUAUUAAAUUAGCAAAAGGUGAAUGGAUUAAUAAUAUUCAAUCAACAAUAGAUUGUAAUAAUAAUAAUACUACUAAUAAUAAUAAUAAAUUGGAAGAAUCUAUAAAUCUAUUACAUCGAUCUAAUGAUUUAAAUAAAAUCAAUAAUAAUCAUUAUAAUGAUGAACAAUUAUCUAUAAAUAAUAUUUUACAACGUGGUAGAGCAUCAGAACGUCAACAUAUUAAUAUUUAUCAAAGAAGAAUAAAUAAGAAUCAAAAUUAUAAAAAACCGUUAAGGCCUACAUCUGCUCCAUUACUUAGAACAUUUGUUAUAUAAGAAAAAAAUUUUAUCUUCUAUUUAAAAAUUAUAUUUAUCUCAGGGAUUAUAACAAAAAAAUAUAUAAUUGAGUACUAAUCGUUCAAUAAUUUUAUUUAUAUUCUUGUUACCCUUCCCCUCCCUGUUUAUUGUUUAUAAAGAUUUGAAAUUACUGUCAGAAGAGGUUUUGUGAAGAUUGUAGUAAUUUCAAUAGUUGAAAUAAUGAAUCAAUUGAAGUCAGACCAUCAUGGAAAACCUGGAAGUACUGGACAGUCGUUUCGUCCUAGUAUAAGACUACUCAGCAGUGCGCAUCCACGAUCCAAUGGUUUGGUUGAAGUUAGACAAUAAUACCGUUGGAUGACGGCCGGCUCAGUGGUCUAAUGUUUAAGUGCUCAUGCGCGAGACUAGUAGAUCCUAGGUUCGAAUCUUGUGGAGAGAGGCGGGAUUGUGGAUGCGCACUAACACGGAGAGGUGUCCUACAAUAGGACGAAAUGGCCGCCCAGUGCUUCCAGAUUCCCAACGGUGGUUUAACUUCAAGUGACUCAUGAUUUCAACUAUUGAAAUUUAAAAUUAUUGUUUUGUUAUAUUAUUCAUUUGAUUAUUAAUCAAAUUAGGUGUACAGAAAGUUCUAACUUUACCAUAUUAUUGUUAUUUGAUGUUGUUAUUCUUUUUAUCUUUGUUGUUGUUGUUUUGUUCGAAUUAUUAGUUUAUUAUUUCUAUUUAUUGUGCAUUGAUGACUUCGUUUUUUGUUGUUGGUAUUUUUAGUACACAAAUUAAAACUAUAAUACAAUUGAUGAUCAUUCCUGUUAUACUUAAACUUUAGAACUUAUAAAAACACUUCAUGAAUUAUUGACUGGUUAAAUACUUAUUUAUAUUGUUAAUUAUACAUAAAUAUUACCAAAGUCAGGAGAGGGUGGGUUUUUCUUAUUACAUUAUUCUAUUUGUUUUUGAGGAAGAAAACCUUUUUUUUAUAGAAAUUCUUUAAUAACCUUAAGUAUAAUCUUUUACAAAAUCAAUUCGUAUGUUAAUCUUCUGUUUAUUUUGUGACCAAUUUUGUUUGAAUGAUAAUUUAUCAAAUAUCAAAAGUUAUGUUCAAUGAUUGAUUUCAAUUAUUGAUUUUAAUCAUUUGGCAUUUCAUUAUUUAUUGUUUAUGUUUACUUUUUUCCAAGAAUAUUUGUUUGUUUACUUAUUAGUAUGCAUGUGUGUAUGUACGUAGGUAUGUAUGUAUACGUUGAUCACUUGUAAAUAUAAACAUCAAAUUACACAUAUAGAAAAUUUAUACUUAAAGAAGAUUCAAUAAAAUUGAAUAAUAUUUCCUUAUAUAAUAAUAAAUAUAUAUUAUUUAAUUAGUUACUUACUUACUUACGCCUGUUAGAAGAGAAAAUCUAUGAAAAAAAUCAAUAAAACAAUACAUUUUAGAAAUUGUUUAUUAUCUAUUGAUUUUCUGUUUGUUUAUUUAUUGAUUAUUUUUAGAGAAUAAAAUUUGAAAAAAUAAACAAACUCCCUAUUUGAUCAUUGCCUUUUUUCAUUUCUCUCUCUCCCUCUCUCU